GCUGCUUCUGUAAGGAUGCACCUUCCCUGCAGGGGAGGACACACCUCGGACCAGCCUGGCUAUAACGGGCUCCUUUCUGUCCUUCCCUCUGCAGGGAAGGGAGGAGCACUGGCUGCUGACAUCGACAUCGACACUGUUGGUACUGAGGGCUGGGGAGAGGACGCAGAGCUGCAGCUGGACGAGGAUGGGUUUGUGGAGGCUACAGAAGGUUUGGGGGAUGAUGCUCUUGGCAAGGGACAGGAGGAAGGAGGUGGCUGGGAUGUGGAAGAAGAUCUGGAGCUCCCUCCUGAGCUGGAUGUACCCCCUGGGGCAGCUGGUGGGGCUGAGGAUGGGUUCUUUGUGCCCCCCACCAAGGGAACCAGCCCAACUCAGAUCUGGUGCAAUAACUCUCAGCUUCCAGUUGAUCACAUCCUGGCAGGCUCUUUUGAGACAGCCAUGCGGGUAAGUCUUAAA